AUGCGUCACUGCUGUGGUCUGCCACAGAAGGCAAGGAUGUUAAAGUCCAUGCUGCGCUCCAAGGAGCUGAGUUUCAUGAUGGAGGCGCACAACGGUCUUUCCGCCCGCAUUGUGGAGGAGACGGGAUUUAAGGCAAUUUGGGCCUCGGGUCUCUCGAUAUCCGCCCAAAUGGGGUUCCGCGACAACAACGAAGCGAGUUGGACGCAGGUGUGUGAUGUUGCCGAGCAGAUGAGUGAUGCGACAAGUAUUCCCAUCCUGCUGGACGCCGACACGGGCUACGGAAACUUCAACAACGCUAGGCUGCUCGUGCGGAAGCUGGAGAAGAAUGGUGUAGCCGGUGCCUGCGUAGAGGACAAGCUCUUCCCCAAGACGAAUAGUCUGCUGGAUGAGAGGGGGGCACAGCCGCUCGCGGAUGUGAAGGAGUUUGCGCUGAAGAUUCGCGCCAUGAAGGACACACAAACCGAUGAAAACUUUUGCGUUGUGGCACGCGUCGAGUCCUUCAUUGCUGGCUGGCCACUGGAGGAGGCAUUGAAGCGUGCUACGGCGUAUGCCGAGGCGGGUGCCGACGCCGUACUCAUUCAUAGCAAGAAGAAGGACUCCUCCGAGAUUGACGCCUUCAUGGGCCAUUGGGAUAAUAAGACGCCCGUUGUCAUUGUGCCCACCAGCUACGCCAGCGUCCCGUGCGCCCACUUCCGCGAGAUCGGGAUUAGCACCGUCAUAUGGGCGAACCACAACCUGCGGGCCUGCAUUGCCGCCAUGCAGGCCUCGACGCGGAUGAUAUUUGAGCAGGAGUCGGUUGUAGCGGUGGGGAAGAACAUUGCGUCGGUGAAGGAGGUCUUCCGACUGCAGCGACUUCCCGAAUAUCUUGAGGCGGAGGAGAUGUACUUGCCGAAGAAAUAA